UUCCAUUCACAACAGACAGGGACACACUCACAGUUUGGCUUUAGUGUGCGGGACUGUGAAGAUCAGGGAAGAUCAAACUACCAACAGUAGGUUGACCCCUGAGUCUCCGUGUCUCCCCGUCAAGGAUACAGGUCACACACCAGGGACACCAUCACAGUUCUGCCAACCUUGCCAAAGCCACAAUGUCACAAUUCUGUACAAUGCCAGCAGGAGAGAGGAAGAAGUGUGCAGCAGCUAUUUGCCGAGAGGUCCAUGGUGCCAAUGCGGACAUUAUGGAUCUCGGAAAGAAGCUCAGCACUCCUCAAGACAUUAUGUUGGAGGAGUUGUCGUUGCUUUCCAACAGAGGUUCUCGGCUUUUUAAGAUGCGCCAGAGGAGAUCCGACAAAUACACAUAUGAAAGUAUCCAAAAUGAGGCAAAUGCACAACUAAAUAAUGACCUUUUAGCUGAGAAUACACACACUGUGGAAAUUAAAGUGGAUGCACCCGGCCAUGGAAAUACCAGUACCGCAGAAAACUCAGUUUCAGAUGUGACUGCAGAGAAGUUAAACGCCACAGCGACGCACAAGUGCUAUCACUCUCCAUGGGAGGAGGCAAUCCUCAGUGACCCCGACCUCGCCGAGACUCUCAAGCUAAGAAUGCCUGGACUGGACCCGAGGCCAGAGCUCGCCGACUUUAAGAGCUUCAACCGGGUUGCCACUCCUUACGGAGGCUUCGACAAAGCCCCCAGAGCGAUCACGUUCAAACUCCCAGAGGUCGACCUGAACCCGCUCAGAUUCCCAGAGCUCCAGGAGCCAGGGAUGAAGCGGCCCACCUUCAACAGGACAGCCCAGGGAUGGAUAACCGAGGGCACCCAUCUGAUCCUGCCCACUAUCACCCUGGAGCCCAUGGAUGUCCCAGAGUCCGAUGACCUGUAGAUGGGAGGAACACAAUGUCUGUGGCUGUGACAUUGUGGCCUCGCCCUGUGAUGACGACAAAACAGUCAAUCAGUGGCGCAGUUGCAAAAUCCUCCCCAUGAUUUUGGAUUGAAAUCCAUGCAAUGGACAUAAAAUGUUUCUAGCAUUUGUGUUUUCAUUUCAGUAGCAUGUUUGACGUACACUAGGGAAAAAAACAGUUUUCAAAGAUAAUCAUGUAAAUAGCAAAAUGAAUGUGCUAAACAUAAUUCCAAAAAUUCAGUUUCCACUCGGACUGAAAUGCAAAACUGUAAAUCUCAUACAUUUAUGGAACAAAAGGAAAAUUAUGUAAUGUAAAUAAAGAACGCAACUUAUUUAUUGAUGGCACACAAUUAAAAACUGGAACAUGCAGUAAGUUA